CUACAUCCGGGUAAGCAGGUAAAAGAUGGCAGCCCACAGUGAGAAAUCAGCCGGCAUGAGUAAUGUGCUGCAAUUUAUGAAACUUAUCGGACAGCUAAAAAGGGUCCCACGGACCGGCUGGGUGUACAAUAAUGUGAAGAAUCCUGAGAGCGUGUCAGACCACAUGUACAGGAUGGCGAUGAUGUCUCUGACCAUCACUGACCCCACAGUAGAUAGAGACAGGUGCAUAAAACUUGCACUUGUCCAUGAUAUGGCAGAGUGCAUUGUGGGAGAUAUUGCACCGUCAGACAACAUCAGUAAAGCAGAGAAACACAAGAGAGAGGAGGAAGCAAUGAGUCAUCUGUCAAGUCUGCUGCCGGACGGUCUCAAACAGGAGAUUUAUGCUCUGUGGGAGGAAUAUGAAUCCCAGAGCAGUCCAGAGGCCAGACUGGUGAAACAGUUUGACCUCCUGGAGAUGAUCCUUCAGGCUCACGAGUACGAAGAGCUGGAGGGAACGCCAGGAAGGCUGCAGGAGUUCUUUGACUCCACCGCAGGUCGCUUCCACCACCCAGAUGUCCUCCAGCUGGUCAGCUCCCUAAACGAACAGAGAGGAAAGAGCGGCAAGGAGCUGAAGGAAUCACAGACUGACGGCCCAGAAUCUCAAUACUAACACGCAAUGUCACAAAGGUCCUGACUGCAAAAAAAAGGGGAAAAAGAAAACACAUUUCUGCUGAUGGAUGAUGGAGAAACCAGGAAGGAGAGAAGUCUGCAUGUGCAAGAAGAGCCAGAAGAGGCGAAAUCCUGCUUCAUCUUCUGUUCAGAUCAGCAAAUAAUAAAACUUUUGGGGGUUUUUUUUGUUUGUUUUUUUUAGCAGAUGUGGAUUUACCACAAAUCAAAAUCAAGUUCAUGAUUUCUUUUUCUACAAAUGAAUCGCCUGCAGAAUGGUGCCACCAUAGAGACUGCUGCUUUUAAUAUGGUCAAAUAUGUGCAGUAAUUUACUGGAGAGAAAGCAUUUUGUUCAAUUUAUUGUAGUAGCUGCUAAUAAUAGUCGGCAAAAUAUGAAAGUGGAAGUUUUUUCUGUAUUGUCUGUGAUCUUUUUUCAUAUAAAAAAAACCAGGACUU